AUGGCCUCCCGGAUCUCUGCUUCUUGCAUUGAUGGGUCUCCCCUUACUGAUCCAACUCCAUAUUGCCAACUCAUGAGUGGUCUUCAAUAUCUCACCAUAACUCACCCCGAUAUAGCCUACGCAAUUCAACAUGUUUCUCAAUUCAUGAGUUCUCCUAGUGAUACACAUUUGGAAGCUGUGAAACGAAUACUUCAUUACCUCAAAGGAACUCAUGGCCUGGUUUAUCCCUUUGCCAUUCCAAUGAUUCUUCUCUACUUAUUGCAUACUCGAAUGACGAUUGGGCAAGGUGUCCAGACACUCGUCGAUCAACUAUAG